CUUGACUAAAAGAGGAUGGAAAAGUCUUCAAUGGAGUCUGCUUAAAUGCCCAACCGAUAAUGCAACACAGCGGGUCGUUGCAUCAAAGACUUCGUUGACCUCAAAACUCCAUAGCCACAACCUUAUUUCCUCUCUUCUGGCUGAGUUCAAACCCAUUCUUGAAUUGAAUACUUUCCUGUUUGAUAACUAAAUGAAUCCUCCAUCAAUGUCCCCUGUUUCGAUCCAUCACAUCCUCUUUUGCUUGCUUUUUCUACUCCCGAAUCCUUCUCUAGCCCAAACUAACAUACCAGUUGAAUCUUCUCUAACUGCCACAAAGGGCAACUCUUCAUGGCUUUCUCCUUCUGGAGACUUUGCAUUCGGCUUUCGCUCCUUAUCCAACGGCGACGCCAAGAAUGACCAACUCUUCUUGCUUUCUAUCUGGUUUAACAAGAUACCUUCUGAAACAAUCGUCUGGUACGGGAAUCAAGGCCGUCCGGCCCCCGAAAAUUCGAAGCUAGAACUCGCUUCUGGUUCAGGUCUCGUCCUCACCAAUCCACAGGGUGAAGAGCUGUGGAAAUCCGAGAACAUCCUCGGCACCGUCUCGCACGCUGUGUUAAAUGACACAGGCAAUUUCGUGAUCCUGGACUCGAGCUCGGAGGUACUAUGGCAGAGCUUCGACAAUCCUUGCGACACAUUGCUUCCGUCGCAAGUGCUAGGAAAGAACAAACUCCUCUCCUCCCGUCAAUUGGAGGAGAGCUUUUCCAGAGGAAGAUUCCAACUUCGGAUGCUCAACAGCGGAGACCUCGUGCUCAACACGAUCAACCUGCCUUCCGAGUUCGCCAACGAGGCUUAUUAUAGCACCAAGACCGACGGCAGCUCCAACGCAUCGACCGCGGGGAAAGAACUUGUGUUCAGCAACUCGGGUUCUCUGUUCGUCUCAAGAGAAGAUGGCGAGAAAGUCUAUCUCUCGCAGGGGCAAAUACCUUCGACGUCGGAUUUUUAUCACAGAGUCACCCUGAACUUUGAUGGUGUCUUGACUCAGGUUGUGCACCCCAAGAAUUCUGGUUCCAGUGGAAGCUGGAGAAUUCUGUGGUCGCAACCUCAAGACAUAUGUAGCGAUGUUUAUGUCCGUGAUGGAAUUGGCGUUUGUGGGUACAACAGCAUUUGCAAACUGGGUGCGGAUAACAGGCCAAAGUGUAACUGCCCAGACAAAUUCACGUUGCUCGAUCCCAGUGACAAGUAUGGCAGUUGCAGGCCUAAUUUCACGCAGAGCUGUGCGGAAGAUCAGGAAAGGUUAAAGCUUGGUCCGAUGGAGGACCUGUACGAGUUCGAAGAAUUAGUAAACACAGAUUGGCCAACCUCCGAUUACGCGCUAUUGCAGCCUUUCAGCGAAGACGAGUGCCGGAACUCAUGCUUGCACGACUGCAUGUGCGCGGUGGCGGUUUACAGGGGUGGCCAGAGUUGCUGGAAGAAGAAGCUCCCGCUCUCCAAUGGGAGAAUUGUCCCUACACUCAACGGGAAGGCCAUGAUCAAAGUCUCGAAGCGCUACUUUCCUCCUACUGACGAUCCCCGAUUCCGGGAGCCAACGGUGAAAUAUAAAGAUCAGAAAACUUUGGUUUUGGUAGGAUCAGUGCUUUUGGGAACUUCUGGUUUUGUGAACUUUGUACUGAUCGGCGCUUGCGUGGGUUUUUUCCUAAUCCACCGCAAGCAACUCAAGAAAAUAUCCACGAAAGGGAAAAUGGUGGAGACGAAUUUGCGCUAUUUCACUUACCAGGAGCUCUUCCAAGCCACGGAUGGGUUCAAGGAAGAGCUAGGGAGGGGAGCUUUCGGGAUUGUUUAUAAAGGGGCGAUUUCAAACGAUGUAGCGGUGGCAGUGAAAAAGCUGACUAGCAUGAUGCAAGACAAGGAGAAGGAGUUCAGAACCGAAGUGAAUGUGAUCGGUCAGACCCAUCACAAGAAUCUAGUCAGAUUACUCGGUUUCUGUGAUGAAGGGCAAGAAAGAUUGCUGGUUUAUGAGUUCUUGAGCAACGGCAGUCUGUCGAGCCUUCUCUUUGAAGAAGAUCCAAAACUGAAAACCCCUUGGAACCAGAGAUGCCAGAUCGCUUUCGGAGUAGCCAGGGGACUAAUGUACUUGCACGAUGAGUGCCCGGUGCAGAUCAUCCACUGCGACAUAAAGCCGCAGAACAUCCUCCUUGACAACUAUUGUGUUGCGAAGAUCUCCGAUUUUGGGAUGGCCAAACUCCUAAUGAUGAACCAGAGCUACACCCAAACGAACAUCCGAGGGACGAGAGGGUACGUCGCUCCCGAAUGGUUCAGGAACCUGCCCAUCACCGUGAAAGUGGAUGUGUACAGUUUCGGAGUCCUGCUUCUCGAGAUAAUCUCUUGUAGGAGUUGCUUGGGAAAGCAAACAAGUGGAGAAGAAACAGAGAGAGAGGCCUUGACCGAUUGGGCUUAUGAUUGCUUCAUGGAGGGAAGGUUGGAUGUACUAGUCGAAGGCGACGUGCAGGCUCUGCGAGACAGAGAGAAGCUGAAGAAUCUGGUCAUGGUCGCGUUCUGGUGUAUUCAAGAGGACCCCUCUUCGAGGCCGACGAUGAGGAAGGUGACGCAGAUGCUAGAAGGGGCAGUGGGAGUGCCUGUUCCUCCAUGUCCAUUCCCUUUCAAUAGCUGCAACUCUUCAAUCGUUCCAUGAAAUCAUGAUGGUAUCCCUUCUCAUACAUAAGGGCAGAGCUGUGUGUGUUCAUUAUAUAGGUAGUAAUCUUAUUGUGCUAUAGUGAGCAUGUUGUUUAGUAUUUUGUUAAUUCAAGUUUAGCAUGCUAAUCAUGAGAAUCUUGACCAGCCUAUGCUGCUGAAUAUAUCUACACCUGCGAAGGCAAAUUAAUUUAUCGAUGCAGUUGAUUUUA